AUGGCCCCCUCAUCCACCAGCGCGAACACAAACCAGAAUGAUCCCCUCCAGCACCCACUGCAGGCUACAGCCAUGGCUAUUCAGGGCGCUGUUGCCGGUGAAGGUCGCGCUCCUCGCAUGAGCCACAUGGCCAGCGCUAAUGAAGGUCCCGCCGACAUCAUUGCAAAGGUCUCUGGGUCUGUUCAGGGUGGGAAGCGUGAGGAUGAUGGCGCUUAUUUCACCAAUAAUGAGGGUCAUCCGUACCCGGAUCACUCGCAUAGCAAGACCGUUGGUGGUCUUCCACUGAUCAGUGACACUUUCUUGCUCCAAAAGCAGCAGACCUUCAACCGAUCGAAGAACUUGGAGCGUAUGGUGCAUCCAUGUGGGUCUGGGGCUUUUGGCUUUUUCGAGUGCACGAAGAACGUCGAGGCCCUCACGAAAGCCAACUUCUUGUCGAGCGUCGGUGAGAAGACUCCUGCAUUCGUUCGCUUCUCUACGGUCACUCCUGGGCGAGAAUUUCCUGAUGAGGCUCGUAACCCACGUGGAUUUGCCAUCAAGCUCUACACCAUGGAGGGCAACUACGAUAUCGUUGGGUUGAACUUUCCCAUUUUCUUCUGCCGUGACCCCAUCCAGGGUCCAGACGUCAUCCGGUCUCAAUAUCGCAACCCCAAAAAUUUCCUCCUUGAUUACGAUGGUAUCUUCGAUCUCCUCGGCAACGUCCCUGAGGGCAAUCAUGCAGGCCUCAUGUUCUUCUCAGAUCAUGGUACGCCGAAAGGCUGGCGCUUUAAUCACGGCUAUGGCUGCCACGCUUUCAAGUGGGUAAACGCUGAAGGCAAAUUCGUAUACAUCAAAUACCACUUCAUCGCCAAGCAUGGCCAGAAGCAGUUCACUCAAGAGGAAGCGACGAAGAUGUGUGGUGAAGACCCCGACUAUUCUAAGCGCGACCUCUGGGAGACGAUUGAACGCGGCGAGGAAAUUGAGUGGACAGCUUUGGUUCAAGUUAUGGAACCUCAGGAUGCGGACCCUGACAAGCUAGGCUUCGACCCCUUCGACGUCACAAAGGUCUGGCCGCGCAAGCAGUUCCCCAUGCAAGAGUUCGGCCGUCUGGUUUUGAACAAGAACCCAGAGAACUACCACCGUGAUGUCGAGCAAGCUGCCUUCUCUCCUGGUAGCAUGGUCCCUGGUGUCGAAGAUUCUCCGGAUCCGCUCCUGCAGUUCCGCAUGUUCUUCUACCGCGACGCGCAAUAUCACCGUAUUGGCGUGAACCUCCACCAAGUGCCCGUCAACUGCCCGUUCAUGGCAAAAUCGUACGCGACGUUGAACUUUGAUGGCGCGAUGCGUAUCGAUGCCAAUCACGCGGGCAAUGCGCAGUAUGCGCCAAACAGCUUCUCAAACAAAUUCAGGCCCGACGCAGCGGAGACGCCAUACCAGGUUAAUGACGCGGUCGUGAGCCGAAAGAGCCACUACUGGCACGAGGGCAAGCGGAACGAGUACGACCAGGCGAAGGACCUGUGGAGCAGAGUCAUGACUGACGAGCAGCGCGCACACACGAUCACGAACACGGCCAACAUGCUCAAGUUCGUCAAGUUCCCUGACAUUCAGAAGAAGUACCUCGCGCAAAUUUAUAACAUCGGUACCGACUACUCCCGUGGUAUCUAUGACUUGCUGCCGAGUCCGAAGUUUGAAUUUUCUGAGGUCGAAGAGAUGUCGCAGCAUGCGCAUGCGUGGUAUAAGGAGAAGAAGUUCCAGCCGACGAACGGGGAGAAGCUUGCUGGUCAAGUGCCUACUAUGCCCAUUUAUAAUUGAAGCGGAGACUCGGUUCAUACAUGUUUUACAAUGACAGU